AAGAUGGCGUCCCCCGUGGCAGCACAGACCAGGAAACUUCUGCGAGACCUGGUGCUCCGGCGCCCGCUCCUGGCGGCCAGGUCUCAGGCAUUUCAGUUAACCUCUCGAAGAUGGCUGAACCUGCAGGAAUACCAGAGCAAGAAACUGAUGUCUGACAACGGAGUGAAAGUUCAAAGAUUCUUUGUGGCAGACACUGCGAAUGAAGCUCUCGAGGCAGCUAAGAGACUAAAUGCAAAAGAAAUUGUUUUAAAAGCCCAGAUCUUAGCUGGAGGAAGAGGAAAAGGUAUCUUCAAUAGCGGAUUGAAAGGAGGCGUUCAUUUGACAAAAGACCCUAAAGUUGUGGGACAGCUGGCUAAACAGAUGAUUGGUUAUAAUCUAGCAACAAAGCAAACUCCAAAAGAUGGUGUGAAAGUUAACAAGGUGAUGGUGGCUGAAGCCCUGGACAUUUCCAGAGAAACCUACUUGGCGAUUCUGAUGGAUCGGUCCUGCAAUGGCCCCGUUCUGGUCGGCAGUCCCCAGGGGGGCGUUGACAUUGAAGAGGUGGCAGUUUCUUCUCCAGAACUUAUUUUUAAGGAGAAAAUUGACAUUUUUGAAGGGGUAAAGGACAGCCAAGCUCAGCGGAUGGCAGAAAAUCUAGGCUUCCUUGGGCCUUUGAAAAAUCAGGCUGCAGAUCAAAUUAAGAAGCUGUAUAAUCUCUUCCUGAAAAUUGAUGCUACUCAGGUGGAAGUGAAUCCCUUUGGUGAAACUCCAGAAGGACAAGUUGUCUGUUUUGAUGCCAAGAUAAACUUUGAUGACAACGCAGAAUUCCGACAAAAGGAUAUAUUUGCCAUGGACGACAAAUCAGAGAAUGAGCCAAUUGAAAAUGAAGCUGCCAAAUAUGAUCUAAAAUACAUAGGACUGGAUGGGAACAUCGCUUGCUUUGUGAAUGGUGCUGGGCUGGCCAUGGCUACCUGUGACAUCAUUUCCCUUAAUGGUGGGAAGCCAGCCAACUUCUUGGAUCUUGGUGGUGGAGUAAAGGAAGCUCAAGUGUAUCAAGCAUUUAAAUUGCUCACAGCUGAUCCUAAGCAGGUCUGGGUUGGGGCUGAAGAUUCUGGAUUUCUAAUAAGAUCCAAGGUGAUUUUGAUGCUGCUGUUAUAGGAAACCAUACUAUGAGAAGGAAGGUUCUAGUCUACAACUCAACAGACCCUGGUCUCGACAACUAGCAACAUCUGAAACUGAAGAUUGCUUGAGGCACCAGGCCUUCAUUAAGAGCAAGUCAUUGCAUCAUUUUGUGGAGGAUAUUUGGGAAAUGUUUGGAUGUGAUGAGUUUUCCAUGUCUGAUGGUCAUAUAAUGUGAUUGUGUGACUACUUGAACUUUUUCCUUUUUUCAAAAUUCUUUUCUUUAGAAAAUUAUGCAUUCACAAUUUAAAAAUUUCAAAGAAUACAUAAAGGUAUAAAGAAGAAAAGGAAAGUAACCUGGAAUCAUUCACAGUGGCAUUAAGAUUUUGGUGUGUAUAUUCCCAGACUUUUCAUUUUAAUUUUUUCCCCCAAACAUUUUUUUCUCUCUGGCAAGUAUGUGUAUUUGCUUUUAAAUAGUCACAGCUGAAAGUCUUCUAGAAUAUUCCAAGUUUAGUUGUUUUACUUGAGAGAGAGAAAAAGAUACCAUGAUGUAUUUUUGCAAAUGUAUUUUAAACUUUGCGUUAUUUAUAGUCUGUCCUUAGAAGCUUGAAAUUAAAAUCUCUUUCCUUACUGAUUUUGAUUCUUUCUUGUCUGACUUACACUGAUUUCACCUUCCUGUGUUUCUGAUGAAGCCUGAAAUUGCCAUACCCUUAUUUGAGUGUAGUUUUUCCUUUGCCCUCACAUACUGUGGACAACAGAACAACCCAGUUUCUUUUAUCAGCCACUAUCUCAUCCUUCUAUCUAUACUCUAUCCAGUGUUCCAGAAAACUGUUGAAUGAGGGUUUAUGCUGUCACUGAGUUUGCAAAUACCUUGUUCUGUAACAUUUGAGGAGCAUUUAUUUCCUCCGUAGAGGAGCUCGUUGUCCCGGUGGCUUCUCUGGUCUUCCUUCUGUAGGACCUGCCUAUAUCACGGCCCUUGCAUAUAAUGGGCCAUGUAUUUUUGUUGGAUUAUUUGGUAAUGAGGGCAAUGAGUCCUAUGCAGUUUAACUUAAGAUAGUUACUGGGGAGGAGGACUGACACCAUGGUCACGCGGGUACCACAAGUCCCACACAUGGUUGCACCUAGCUGAUAAAAUUUCUUUUUAAAAAACCAUUGCCAUCAAGUUGAUUCUGACUCAUAGCAACCCUAUCGGACAAAGUAGAGCUGCCCCCUCGAGUUUCCAAGGAGUAGCUGAUGAAUGUGAACUGCCCACCUUUUGGUUAGCAGCUGAGGUCUUAACCACUACCCACUAGGGCUGAUAGGGAGGCUGAAAAAUGCCACAAAAUUGACGUGCUCUUGAGAUUCUGCUGCUAAGGAAGAAGUCAAGAAUUAGUAUUAGUUAUCCUAGUAUCUUUUGCCUUAUACCAAUUACUAAUGUCUUUGGAAUGAAUCAUCCCGGAUUGAGAAAUUAUUAGAAGUAGAAGUUUAGCUAAAAAUAACAAUCAUGGUAAUAAUACCUUAAAUUUGAGGAGAACUGGGCAAAGAGCACACCAAAUACCCUCAGGACAAGGUGAGAGAGGCACGGGGAAAACCUGGGAGCUUGUGCAUUCUCAGUGCUGUUAGAACACUGGGUAGGAGAAUGACCGUGGGAAGGCCUGCUCUUUCAGGGCCAAAUCUUUGUUCCACAUUUUUUCACUUUCUCUGUCACAUUCCCUAAGAAGGUGUCUGUCCCAUCAAUGAUUCCUCCGCCCAGUAGCUGGAGCCCAUGAUAGUAUAUUUUGAUUGUAGUAGUUAUCCUAAUAUUGAGAAUUAUAAAAAUUGAAAUUGUUCAAGUUAGAAAGUUAAUUUCUGCACAUUCUCCCCACCAAAAUUAUGUUACAUUUUUAAUAUAUGUCACUUUAGAGCAUUCCAUUUUUAGGAGCAGGAAGAAAUUAAAAAUCUUUUUUCCUCCAAUCUGAUUUUAGGGGGGAAAAAAGCUCUCUUUUUAGUCAGAGGAUUUGACUGAGUUGUUUAGGCAAAAAUAUGAAAGGUACUUACAGUGAUUUAUACCCCUAAUCCCAAGUGUAUGUCAAGGGCAAAACAAUACUUUAUAUACAGGAGGCUGGACCAACAUGAUCUUUAUUUACCCAAAAGAUGGGGAGGAUGAGCUAGAGGUCUCUGCAAUGUCUUCUUUACCUGAAUGAUCCACCGGUUUUAAGUUAUGAAUAUAAAAAUACUUGUUGACCUAUAAAAUAAACAAUAACACUCAUGAGGAAACGUGCUCAUUAGAACAAUCAACUAUGCGAGACCAAACAGGCAGCAUUUGCCCAAAAGCAAAGAUGGGAAGACAAGGAAGGGCAGGGAGAUUAGGGGGAUGGAAACGGGACAAGCGGAGUGGAAAUAGGGAGUGUGCUGACACAUUGAGGGGAUAGCAACCAAUGUCACGGAACAAUUUGUGUAUAAAUUGUUGAAUGGGAAACUAAUUUGCUAUGUAAACUUUCACCUAAAACACAAUAAAAUGUUGAAAAGAAUAUUUUAAAAAAAACAAACUUGCUACUAUUCAGAGGUAAAAGGAAUCAGAUGUAUAUGGAAAUGGAAAA